AGUGUAUGUCUGAGUGCGGGAACAGUGAACGUGUUGGACAUGAUUAGCGCCAUUCGUUCACUAAACACCCGUAAACCACUGGAGCCUAUGAGCGCACAGGAGGUGUUUGAUUGCAAUCCUUAUUGGUGUAUAUGCAAUGCGAAUGUCAGCGCAUACGAUGUCAUCCUCUCAAUAACUCAUAAUAUAGACAUGAUGCUUGAUUUGGAAAGGGACCACCCGUUCACCGGCCAGUGCACCCAUACAUGCGAUAAACAAAAAAUUUCUGAAACAGGCUAUAAGUUGGUAGGUGUCUCUUGGGCCUCCGGACAAAAGGAUCGCGAGGAAGAGCUGAGUGAUUUUCUCUCACGUGGACCACUGACUGUGCUCACAAAGUCCAGUUCCCCUGUAUUCCAAACAUAUUCCGGAGGCAUACUAGACAGCCGUGAGUGCAAUACUACCGGCACUUUGGAUCACAGCCUUUUUCUGGUGGGAGAGGGUGUCGACAAUGGGACCGACUAUUGGAUCGCCAGAAAUAAUUACGGUGAGGGUUGGGGUGAAAAGGGUUACAUACGUCUGGCUAAAGGCAAAAAUGUGUGCGGGAUCGGUUUAGGAUAUAUUGCU